GCUUCUCUGAUCAACAUCUUCACAAGCUUCUCUGGCCAUCUCUUCAUUCUUGGAUCAUCACUUCUCUAUCUCACUAAACCGCCAUGGCCAAGGACAUUGAAGUUGGUAGGCAGGGUGAAUUCCACGCCAAGGACUACCAUGACCCGCCUCCAGCUCCCUUGAUAGACCCCGAAGAGUUCAUCAAAUGGUCCUUCUACAGGGCUAUAAUAGCCGAGUUCAUUGCUACCCUUUUGUUCCUCUACAUCACCAUCUUGACUGUUAUCGGGUACAAGAGCCAGAUCUCCGCCGGCGAUCAAUGUGGCGGUGUCGGGAUUCUCGGGAUUGCUUGGGCAUUUGGUGGGAUGAUCUUUGUCCUCGUUUACUGCACCGCCGGAAUCUCAGGUGGUCACAUAAACCCGGCGGUGACUUUCGGGUUGUUCCUGGCGAGGAAGGUGUCCCUGGUCCGAGCAUUUCUGUACAUGGUGGCUCAGUGCUUGGGAGCCAUAUGUGGAUGUGGGCUCGUGAAGGCGUUCCAAAAGGCUUACUAUGAUAGGUACGGAGGAGGUGCCAACGAGCUCAGUGCUGGGUACAGUAAGGGCACCGGACUCGGCGCUGAGAUCAUCGGAACCUUUGUUCUCGUCUACACUGUCUUCUCUGCCACCGAUCCCAAAAGAAACGCCAGAGACUCUCACGUCCCUGUGUUGGCACCACUUCCAAUUGGGUUCGCCGUGUUCAUGGUCCACUUGGCCACCAUCCCAGUCACCGGCACCGGCAUCAACCCUGCUCGGAGCUUCGGAGCUGCCGUUAUCUACAACAACGACAAGGCCUGGGAUGACCAAUGGAUCUUCUGGGUCGGACCCUUCAUCGGCGCAGCCAUCGCCGCCUUCUAUCACCAAUAUAUCUUGAGAGCAGCGGCUGUGAAAGCUCUUGGAUCCUUCAGGAGCAGCUCAAACAUAUAAGAAAACAAAUUGGGGAGCAUUUCCCUGAACUUGUAUAUUGUGUAAGGUGUCUGUUGCGUUGGGUCUGUGUAUCAGGGCACCUAUUUUUAAUCUCUGCCCAAAUGAAGUAUCCCCUGUUUUCCUCCUUUGUGAUUUUCCAAUUUGGUCAUGUUGAUCCUCUGAGGAUUGUAUCAAGUGUUUUAUUUAUGUUACUUUUAAUUAAUCUACUAAAAAUCAGCUUUGAGU